AUGUCUCUCCAGGCAAUAGCUAUAUCCAGCUAUGCUGGAACAGAGAUCUUCAAACACUCCAGCUCUAAAAAGAUAAAUCGGGAAGGCCAUAAGGAGAUUUUUACAGAAACAGCAUAUUCUUCAAAUCCCUCUGUGCAUACUCCAGCAAGGAUUAGCUGUCUUGCUCCGACCCCUCAAAUCUCAGUUCUCUCAGAUGAAUACUUGAGGCCAGCAGUGAUUGGACAUGCAGGAAGUUUUGGAUCAUACCCAGAUAGCGCUGAAGCUAUCAAAGACAUUCUCUUGUCUGUUCUAAAGGCAUCUGGUCUAAAGCCCUCUUUGCUGUCAGAGCAGACCACAAUGCAGCGAUCAGAACAUCCAGACAGCGACCUGGAGCAAUGGGAAGAGAGCAGUGAUGGGGAUAACAAUGAUGACAGCGACAGCGAUUCUACACAUCACAGUACUGUUUAUACACAAACAGAUAUUAGGUUUACAAGGCAUCGGGCAUGUUGGGACAAUACGCAGUGUGAUUCCACUAAACCUCUGCUGGAUUCUUUGUUUUGCCCGCAUUAUUCUGGCAGGGAUCCAUCUACUUCCUCCUUGAAUGGUUUUGCUCUUUCAGAAGUAUCUUCUUUGAAGCAGGACUGCUUUACCCAAGUGACAUUAACAGGAGGCACAGUCACAUCAGCUGUUGUCUGUUCUGGAAAAGAACAUCGAAACUUUUUCAGUCCCCCUGAGCGAGACUUGACUUUUACAAGUGUUUGCCCAGAUUCAAUAGUUAGUAAGCCAGUAGAUCCAUUAAAAUACCAUAGUGCUUUGGAGUCUGCACCUGUCAGCAGUGGUGACUGCAGUUCUACAUGUGGAUCUUGCCAGCCAGAGCCACUGGAUCAACCAGAUUCUACUUCACCUUUGAACAUGAACACUGUUCCCUUGAAUCGAUCCUUACAGGAUAUCUUUGUGCUUCCAGAAGAUGUGGAGAAGGAGAACGCACACUUCUUUGUUGCAGAUAUGAUUAUAGCAUCUCUGGAAAAGAUGAAAUGUAAUAUCCUAAGCCAACAGGCAGAGUCCUGGGGUCUGGAGGAAACCAGUGGAUCAGAUGGCAGCUAUCUCACUGAUUUGGAGUUUUCUUCUUAUCCAGGAGUAAAGAAGUCAGAUUCGUCUGUUGCCUCGUCAGACAGUGGUUAUGAAGGCUGUGCUCUGCUGAAUGUCAGCUCCUCAGUACAUCUACCAUCACAUCAUGAGGUUACUAGAUUUCCAUGCCAUGGUGACUCAGAUGAUGAAUAUGUAAUUAUUGAACUUGAAGACCUUGAAAGUCUGUCUGUCUCCCCAGAUGAAAGAUCAUCUUUUGAACGAGGCUGUAAUUCUGCUGAAGCAACAGCUCAAGAGCUGUACAGAACUUUCAGAAAACACUGGUUGCAGACAGAAACUGCAGUUCAACUGUCUGGUUGCUUGAGCUCAUCUAAGCAGAGAGUUGUACUGAAAGAAGACAUUCCAAGAGAGCUAGAGUCCAGUUUGAAUCUGGCUGAAGAAAUAAAGAUCGUGUCCAAAUUAAGAGGAUCAUCUGGCUGGGCCCCACCAAGAUCUCAGAUUAUAUUUAAUAUUCAUCCCUCAGUCAAGAGAGAUGCUGUGGUAGCUGCCCAAAACUUCACGUGUGUUGGUUGUGGAACCCCAAUAGAAAGCAAAUAUAUCAGGAGACUCCGCUAUUGUGAUUACCUGGGGAAAUACUUCUGUGACUGUUGCCACAGCUAUGCCCAGUCUUGCAUUCCUGCCCGAAUACUGGUGAAAUGGGACUUCAAAAAAUACUAUGUGUGCAACUUUGCCAAACACCUACUGGACAGCAUAUGGCAGCACCCAGUUUUCAAUGUAUUAUGUAUCAACAAAGCCCUCUAUACCAAAACAAAAGAAAUGGACAGGGUGAGGGAGACACAAGAACAGCUUUUUCAUUUAAAAAAGCUGUUGAAAACCUGCAGGUUUGGUGAAAGGGUACUGAAAGAAUUUGAACAGGUCCCAAGCCAUCUAACUGAGGAGCUGCAUCUCUUCUCACUGGAUGACCUGGUGAAAAUCAAACGAGGGCAGUUACUGCCCCUUCUUAAAGAUAUUCUGAAAAGCUCCACCUCUCAUGUGGAUGGUUGUGAGCUCUGUCAAGCAAAGGGGUUUAUCUGUGAAUUCUGUCAGAGUGCGGACCUAGUCUUUCCAUUUCAGAUUGCCAAAUGCAAAAGAUGUGCAGAGUGCAAAACAUGCUUUCACAAAGCAUGUUUCAAGUCUGGAGGCUGCCCCAAAUGUCUGCGGAUUGCAGCUCGAAGAAGCCUUUCAGAAACGCCAUCAUUUGUGCCUUUGUGAAACCGGAUUUCUCCAGUGAUGACUGUGGAUUUCAGAAGAUGCUUAAAGCCAAAUCUUCAGUUGGCUGACUAUGAAUUAGAUAAUGUUGUUUUAGACAUUAAUACUUUUAAUGCAUGUCUUAUUAAAAAAAAGGGGGGGAAAAGAAAAAACAAUUAAGGACUUUAGGAGGAUUUUUAAAGGAUGAUAUUAAAAGUUUCAUCUUAACUGGUGACAGAAAGAUUGGAUACUAUUUUUGUGAGCAGCAUUUUGCUGC